AUGUCGGGAGUCGAGUCCGACGUGCGCGAGCGUCUGCUGCCUGCUCGACAGCGUCACGCGUCACAGGAUUAUGAUAACGGAGACGCCUUCACACACGAGGAGCUUCUGCACUCGAUCGGCUCUUUCUCCGCUGUGGUGUGGCCAGUUGCCGUCACAAUGCUGCUUGCCAGUUUUGUGUCGCUUAACGUGGAGGACCCGGCGUCGGCCAAGGCACUCGCAGAAGCGUACUUAAUCUAUGGACCCGAGCAGGAUAAAGGUGCAUCUACUGGAACGAAAAUGACGGAUGCUCUUGUAAAUGCAUUGGCCAUCGUGUCGUUUUUCCUUGUGGCGACAUUUGUAAUUAUCCUUAUUGGAUACAUGAUGUUUUCGUCGGCGAUGCUGCUGGGAAUGCUGGGAGGCAACAUGCUGGUCAUCGUCAUCGCCAAGAUCGAGAUCCCCGUUGAUGUCCUGACGCUGCUCUUUGUGAUGUUCAAUUUCUCGGUUGUUGGCGUGCUGUCAAUUUUCUACCAAAAGGGAACGCCCAUGUGGUUGACGCAGACAUACUUGGUCGCCACAUCCGUCAUCAUGGCGUGGCAACUGGGGCAAUUUCCAGAGUGGAGUACUUGGGCAUUGGUGAUCGUUCUUGCGUUCUAUGACUUGUGUGCGGUGCUGACACCGUGUGGGCCGCUGAAGUGGCUGGUAAAUCUCGUGCAGCAAGAGGGACGCCCACUACCUGGAUUGCUUUACGAAGCAGAAAUUCGUCGCAAUCACUCGGGCCACACCGCUCAACCUGUGCACGAAUACGUGUAUUACCAGUGCGAGUCGGAAAUUCCUCUUCGUCUUGGGUCGCCACGCGACGUACCAGAAGCCCCAAUGACGUCCACAAAUGCCGCGUUGACCCCUCGUCAGUCUCAAUUACGUGCUCGACUGGUCGAUUUCUACUCGAAACACAACCCAUCGGCAAUCGCACGUGUAGACAAGAUAUUGGAGCGAUAUCACGGACGAGAAACCGAGCUGUGGCACGAUUUAUACCAGAAGUAUGUCACUGAGCAAGGAGAGGUAGAUGAAACGAUCAAGCUUGGACUGGGAGAUUUUGUCUUCUACAGCGUCUUAGUGUCUCGAGCAGCCAAGUACGACUUCUCGGCGAUGAUCGGGUGCUUGGUGUCUGUUCUGAUGGGUCUCGGAGGCACGCUUUUUCUUCUCGGAAUCUACCAGAAAGCACUUCCAGCGCUCCCGAUAUCAAUUCUACUAGCUGUGAUGAUGUUUUUCUGGCUUCGGGUGGUGUUUGUGGAUUUUGCAAGCAGUGCACUGAAUAUUGGCGUGCCCCUAUAA